AUGUCUCAGGACCCUUGGGUUCAGUGCGGAACCAAGCGCGUCCAGUGGCACCAAAUGCUGAAGGCACUCGUUGAAAGCGUAAGAGCCAACAGUCAGGAGGAGCCCUGGAAGGUGAUACUUUUAAUGGACAGAGCACGGAAAAUCUUUCAUCCGGGAAAGGACUAUGAUGGGCGGAGUUUUGUUGGAUCUCUAGUCGGCACUUUGGAUGCGAGGCGUGGUCUUGGUGUGUCUGGCUCGAGGGACAAGCUCUUUGCAAAUAUCGGAAUUCUGGGAAGGGCAGAAGGAAAUAUCAACCAGAAAUAUUUGGUCGAGGUAGCCAACAGCAGUCACGCCAGGAUCUACACAGAUAUUGCAAAGUACGUGAUCAGUAUGCAGGGGGACUUGUCAAUUCUCUCUUUCUGCGAGAUUGCAGCUUGGGAGACUGACCUUGGGAACCCUGCGAGUAUUCCUUCCUGUGCUCCAAAUUGGAUGCUGAAAGCCUCCCACACCCUACCGUCGGUUUCACUAUUCGCCUCUGUUGGCAAACGUUCCGGUCUGGAUUCCCCCGGAUAUCAUGGCCUAUUCUGGCCGCUUCUGGGAAAACUGCGGGCUGUCUCUCUUCUGGCUGAUCAUAGAAUGGCAACGUUUGGUAUGAAACAUGCCGUAGCCAAACGCAAGAAAUCGGAUGUAGAAAUAGAGCCCUACGAGCUUACCCCGUACUAUCUACUCUAUGGAAACUGGAAGCAUAUCAUAGGUCCUCUUUCGAAAGUACAAUCUUCUCUUUGA